UUCCGCUCGCGCAAAUUUAACAUGGCCCGCGUCUAAAUCUCGUUUCGCACCCCCCUACUACUUACAAUACAGUCUCAAUCGCAAAAUCUUCCGGCUUAUUUUCCUCUCUCCUCACCCUAUUUCCGCUAUCGAUUACCCAUAUCCCUCGGAAUUUCAAAUCGCCGAAAUGCUCCGCGAAAAUUCGACGUCGGUGUAAAAUAUGUGUGUCGCGUCCAUUUACCCGAGAAGACUCGACGAAAAAGCAAGCUGCAGACGCGAGAUUUUCGGUGAAAGAGCUUUUUGGACUCGUCGACAUGGAACAACAACAGCUGCAAGCUGAUCGAUCCGAGCCGACGUGUGAUCAGGACUAUUUGAUGCCUAAAAAUUCUCGAUACAAGGGCGCAGAGUUACACCUGUACUACCAGAAACAAGAGAUUCAAAAUCAGCAGCAGGGCGAGAAAGCACUGGCGGAUAAUCGGAGUCGCGCAUCGAUGGACCCGACCGAAUACGGGGACGACGAGGAGGAGGAGGAGGAGGAGGAGGAAGACGACAGUAAAUUCAGAUUGGACGAGAUGCGCUACUCCGACGCAAGAAUGGGAAUCUGUAGCGUUUGCCACUUUUCCAUCAGCGGAAACGACGCGAGCCCGAGCGAUUUUGAAAAGGCGCUUCUCUGCUCCGACGGACAUCUGCUCUGUCACCAGUGCGUGCAGCGAUUCGACAUACAAUCGGACACGAAUUGCGUACUGUGCGCGGCUACGGAAUCGCAGCAAUCGAUAUCCAGUGUCUCGAGGGCCAGCAGCGUCAAGAGCAUAAAGCCCAAGAGAAGAGCCCGCAAUCACCCGGUUCCUCGACCGCGACGCUCCCAACGGCGGAACGAGGUCCACUACGGCCUGAAUUACGGAGCCGAGUCCUGCGAGGAUAACUGGGAGGAGACGGAGCAAGAGGAGGCCAACUACGAGGAGUCGCGGGAAGAGUUUCAGCAUGUACAAACGGAAGCGAAACAACGCAGCUACUGCAGCAUCGUCCAGAAAGAGGAGUCCGCCCCCUCGAAAGCACAGAUCAACGGCCAGAUGAUGACCGAGUGCUCGCGCAGACCCAUUCAGUGCCCGCUGCUCGAUUGCGCGGUUAACGUUGCUUUUUCCGCCCUGACAAACCACUUUAUCUUUGAUCAUCCCGAAGUGCCGAUUCUUAUCGUCGAUCCCGGCGAGAAGAGCACGCUGGUCGUGAAUUUUGACGGGCUCGUAUACGAUUCCAGUCGCUGUCUGGCUCUGCUGCUCGUCUCCGGAAAGCUCUCAGGACCAGCGGCCAAGCAGUUCAACGGAAGUCACAUACACCCGCGCUACAAGAAUCGGCUGCCGCUGCCCAUACUGGCCGCGCGGCUGCAUUGCAACGCCUCGCACGACGGUGGCGAGACGGGUAAGGGCAAUCACGAGGACGGCGGUGACGUCGUGAUAGCCUGGGUCGCGGGCUUGGACAUCGGCAACUCCACAACUCUGCGAUGCAGUAUUCAGGCUAUCGACAGCAUCGACGGCGAGGCGUUCCGCUCUCUGACGUACACUGGUCCGAUCAAUUCCUUGCGCACUGCCCAAAAACCGAAGGAGGUCUUUCUAACCGGGGACUGCGUCAUACUGCACGAUGGCUUCAUCAAUCACAUAACUUCCGGCUGCAAAAAUCUCAACGUCAACGUCACGAUACACUGAUCUCGGGAAUAUUCACUAUACAGCACUCAAAACUCCGGAUCGCCUCGACUAAUGUUUUCGGUCAACGUUCGAGAGAAAAUUUGCGGUCAGUCGUUGCAAAAGCGUAAUUAAAAAUCGUGUAUGUAGAAACGUUGUAUAGAAACUUUUGUAUUAUUUAGAAAAAAAGUAUAAAUGAUAAAAGUACGCAGAGUUACAAACUGGUCAUGGCGGGUGGGCGAGCGUACGCCUUGGGAAUAAAACCGUAUUUUCUCGUUUUCGGCGCAUACGCCCAGAGCCAACCGUCGACAGUCUGAUUGCCGAGGUCCGCGUAAAUCCAAUCGGCUCGUCUCACGGAUAAAUCGUCCGGCGCCUGCGCCUUAUAGUCAUACAACACAACUAACUCGGUACCGGUCGUCUCGUCCCGGAAGUCCCUCGUAUCCUUUUGUUGUAACUGCUCAUUACUCAUUGCAUUCCCAUUGCCUGCACCUGAAAAAUUGUUUUCUGUCAAUUUCGUUUCUUAGAGUUCCAAUUAAUGUACCUGUAUGCGUCGUUGAUUUAAAAAUAGAUGUGUAACAUUCGUGAUAAACAGAUGUAUAUAAUUUACUAAACAUGAAUAAAAAAUGCAAUUUGACUUA